UGGGAUCUGAUGCCCUCUUCUGGUCUGUCCAAAGACAGUGACAGAGUACUCAUAUACAUGGAAUAAAUAAAUAAAAAAAUUAAAUUACCGGGGCUGGGGAGAUGGCUCAGUGGUUGAGAGCACUGGAUGCUCUUCCAGAGGUCCUGAGUUCAAUUCCCAGCAACCACAUAGUGGCUCACAACAACCAUCUGUUGUGGGAUCUGAUGCCCUCUUCUAGUGUGCCCUCAUACAUAAGAAUGUAAAAAGGAAAUUUGCCACUGUGUGUGCACAUAUCUGGGUGUGCUUAUGCCAUUGUGAAUAUACAGAUGUUAGAGGGCAACUUUUAGGAGUUGAUUCCCUUCUACUGGGGAUUCCGGAUCCUGGGCUUGAACUCAGGUUGUGGGGCUUGCAUGCUAAACGCUUUUACCUGCUGAGAAUUACUUUGAACUUCUGAUCCUCCUUCCUCUGGGUGUGUGUGACCAUAUCUGGUUUAUGCCAGUCCUGGGAACUGAAUUCCAGACUUUGUGUAUGCAUUUGGGCAUGUAUCAAUUGAACCAAGUUCCCUGGAUUGGAACUUUUGACUACGACGUGUAGCAGGAUAUCCAGCCCCCAACCUACUGUGUGUCUCUGGGGGUGGAAUUUAAAGACUUCACACGUGCUGGGCAAGUGCUCUGCCAUUGAACCUUCAUUUCCUGAACACUCUCUCUUGUGUGGUCUCUGUGGUCAGACUGAUUUGACUACAUUGAGGUGGCUUCUUGGUUUUGUUUUUUAAAUUGAGAUGAGGCCUUACUUAUCCCACACUGUGUAGCAAAGCAUGACCUUGAAUUUCUCAUCUUCUAUAUCCACCUCAUGGGUGCUGGGGUUAUAGGCAUGCACUACCAUACCUGGUUUUGUGAGAUGCAAGUGAUCCAACCCAGGGGCUCUGCAUGCUAGGCACUCCAACUGAGUGAUGGAGCUCCCAGCUUCCCACUGAUUUUUUGAGAUUAUAUGGUUACAUUGUUCUCUAACCCCCCCCCCCAUAUACCCCUCCUUGUUCUUUUUCAAAUUCAUGGCUUUUUCAUUGUUGUGACAUGCAUGUACAUAUGUGUUUGUAAAUAUAAUCUACUCACUCUGUGUCCUGUUAUUUGAGUGCAUACGUUAUGGCUGAGCAUUUGGUAUUGGACACCUGCCUCGUGUGCUCUUCCCACUCUCUGUAAUCCUGAGUUGCCUGUAGUUGUGUAGAGCUGAGGUCUUGUGGGCUUUCCCAGUCCACUUUGGCAUGUCUAGGGAAAUUGUGUACGUGGUUCCAUGCAUGCACGUGAAAGGCAGAGAAGUGUCUGUCAUCUCCCUGACUGCUCCUUUAAGGUGGAGUCUCUACCUGGGGCACUUUUUUUUUCCUGGCUAGGUUAGGUAGCUUGUUACCUGAUGGAUCUUUUGGAGUUAUGAUGCUUAGCUUGCCCUGUGGGUCCUGGGAUCCAGAGGGGCCUCAUGAUUGCACAGCACGAUUAACUACUGAUCUCUUGUUCUAGGGAAAUUAAAACAAAGAAAAAACUGUGUGUGUGUGUGUGUGUGUGUGUGUGUGUAUAGAGUGUGGGUCAGAGGACAACUUCCAGGAGCUGGUUUUCUCUUCCACCUUCUACCUGUGGGUCCUGAGAAUUGAACUUGGGUUGUCAGGCUUGGUAGCAGUCAUGUUACCCACUUAGCUGUCUUACUGACCCUUUAGGGGAAUUCUUAAACUCCCAAACUCCUUAGGCCUCAACCUCCUCAUUCUUAAAAAUAUGGGAUAACUGUUUGCAGUUGUCCCUUGGCCUUUCCAAUUUUUUGGUCUCCUGCCUGGCUGAGCAAUCAUUUGUAACCUAUUCUUCAGACCCGUUUCCCUGUGUGGUAGAGGGAAGGGCCUGACUCAAGGGUAGUGCUGGCUCAUCUGUGCCUGCUUCCUGCUUGCCAUUGACUGGGCUGACUGCCCUGGCUGGGGUGGUUCUCCAGGUCUCUGGCUUCUUUGUGCGCUCCCUCUGAGAGUUUGGGGCAUGACUCCAUGUGAUGCAGCUGUUGGGCUCUGAGCGUUCAACUAGCGAAGGAACAGGCUCCAAGACGUAUCACAGGCUGGAGAUGGUGACAGUAGUCUCUUCAGGUCACCUGCUGUUGAGACUUUUCUACACUCACUAAGCUUUUCUUAAAUUUAAUUUUAUUUUUUGAUAAAUCAGUUGUCUAAUCUCUUUGGUGCAGUUCCAGCAUGGCUUGUGUUCACUUGUGUUAGGAACACACACAGUUCUGGUCUUGUUUGGAGAGUUCUGUCGGGCAAGCAGCUACUACUACAUUACUGGAUGGUAGUGCACUCCUUUUUCUUCUUUCUGGCAGGUAUGAUUCGUCAGGGUCUCUGGGCUGAGUCGAAUGGAGAUCAUAGUCCACCUUGUCACCCACCUUGUGUGUGUGUUGUGUGUCUGUGUGAGGAGAGGAGCUCAGAAGAUGAAGUUGUUGCCGCCACUUAGCCUGAUGGUCUGAGUUCAGUUUCUAGGACCAGGAGUAAGGGGAGAACCGACUCCUGAAAGCUAUCUUAUGCUGCUGUUUAAGUUGUACUCCUGCCUGGGCUGUUUUAUCCAUCCAUCCAUCUACCCUCCCUCCCUCCCUCCCUUCGCUCCUUCCUCAGCCGGGGCUGGCACCAGAGUCACACGUCUCAUGUCCCCAUCUCUGAUCUCAUGUAAGGGUUACCAUACAUACUACCUACCCAGGAUUAGAACUUUAAUUGCAGACAAUGACCAGCAUUUGGGAUAAAGAUUCUUUUUUUUUUUUUCUUUUUUCUUUUUUUCGGAGCUGGGGACCAAACCCAGGGCCUUGCGCUUGCUAGGCAAGUGCUCUACCGCUGAGCUAAAUCCCCAACCCCUGGGAUAAAGAUUCUUACAUCUGUUUGGGAACUACAUUUUACUUUAUGAUAGUGUGAGGAAAAGGAAUACAAAACUCCUUGGUCUAUCUAAACAUUUAAAGGAACUAGAGGGAUGGCUUAGUGGUCAAUCUUCCAGAGGACCCAAUAAGUCUGUCCUAAGAAUGCCAAGUAAGGUGUUCCGGUUAUACAUCUUUAACAAUUUAAUUUUUUGAUUUAUGUGAAUGUCUGUUUUGCCAGCUUGUGUAUGUGCAUCACCUGGAAAGGUCAGAAGAGGGUAUCGGGUCUAUAGAUGGCUGUGAGCCACCAUGUGAUUGCUGGGAAUUGAACUCAGGACCUCUGGAAGAGCAGCCAGUGCUCUUAACCGCCGAGCCAUCUCUCCAGUCCCUAUCUUUAGGGCUUUAACUAUGGCUUGUAUGCAGUAGUAUUCCUUGGUGCUGCACCAAGCCCAUCUCUCUCUCUCUCUCUCUCUCUCUCUCUCUCUCUCUCUCUCUCUCUCUCUCUCUCUCUUUUUGGUUCAUUUUUUCGGAGCUGGGGACCGAACCCAGGGCCUUGCGCUUCCUAGGUAAGCGCUCUACCACUGAGCUAAAUCCCCAGCCCCAAGCCCAUCUUUAUCCUUACAGCUACAGGUCUAGUGGGUCCUCUUUCAUUUACUCUCUCAGUUGACUAAUUUUUUUUCCUGCAUCUUGGUCUCCACUUGCAACGUCUCGACUGGAACUUUCCAGUUUUCCCAAUUUUAGUUGGUGACUUUCUGGCUCUGUCCACCAGUCACCCCAAUACUUGGACUAAACCUGUUUUAAAGGAUCUCAUGUAUCCUGGGGCUCUCUUCAAAUCUGCACUGCAGAGAAGUAUGUCCUUGAACUUAUGAACCGCCCGCCUCUGCUGGGAUCAGUUGGUGCUGUUUCUGUGCUGCCCCAGAUCAAACUCAGGCAAGCCACCUCCUCAGCCGGAAGCUAGAGUUCUUUGGCUUUCUCCUUCAGAUGCACGAAGUCCCCAGAGGAGUGACAGUUCCGUACCUUUCCCUCAGGCAAGUUAGUUUUUACACCAGUGCCCUAAAUCUUAUCAUUACAGUUCACAUUUCCCCUAAAGGGCACCAAACUGGUUUUUUUUUUUUUUUUUUUUUUUGGUUCUUUUUUUUUCGGAGCUGGGGACCGAACCCAGGGCCUUGCGCUUCCUAGGCAAGCGCUCUACCACUGAGCUAAAUCCCCAACCCCCACCAAACUGUUUUGAUGGGAACGGUGUUUACUGCUGUUUUAUCUUACCACUUGGUGUUUGCUGAGUUUGCAUUACUCUGAACAGGUGUAGGCCACCUACCUAUUCACAUGAACUUUCUCCACGUAAUUAAUGAAAAAGUCAACUUAGAUGCUGGAAAUGCCUUUUAGCUCAUAAAUCCUUUCGCUAUGGAAGCAGCAGCACUGUUGGCUACAGUUUACAGAUAAGGCCAAUUAAGACACAGAGGUUAAAUGAUUUGCCUAACAUCAUACACCUGUUAGUUGGAGUCAGUCUAAGGUCCACUGCCCAGGCGUGACUGGGACACCUCGUUCCGCCUCCACACGCUGCUGAGGUUAUGCUCACACACAGGCAUAAGGGUUGGCUGAUAGGAAGACUUGGUCACAAGACAGGACUCUUACAAAUGACCUUUCUCGGUCAACCCAUCGCAGGGAGGAAGGAAAGAAUGCGGAGCCACCCAAGUACUGCGUCCUAAGCCUGAGGAACCACCCCAGACUCUUUACAGAUACAAACAACACUCUGGUCACUCCCUAGCCCCACGACAGGCGCUCGCCUUCCCGUUGGUAGACUGACUGUCCUUUGGUGUUUUGGAAUAAACAGUCGGUCGUUUGCGGUCAGGCCUCUUUCUGCCUCUAUGCUGCCUAAUCUAACAAUGGCCAUGUUUAGUUCUGUUCAGCUCUCUACGUCAGAGCUUGUCAGUGCACGGUGGACGUGGUGAAACAGAUCCGGUUGGGUCGGGAGCCUAGCGCGGUAAUGAGGGGGAUUUUUCUGGAACUCUUCCACCACCUCUCCAACACAACCACUGACACUUGUGGCCGCAGCCCGCUUCCCACGGCCCCUCCGAUUCCAUCACCCGCACGGGACGCCUUUAACCCUCCGCGGGGCGCGGGGCAGGUGGUGACGUAGCCUCUGCUGCUCCACUCUAGGCGCCGCCAUCCGAACUCCUCCCCAGCCCCGGGGUCUUCAGGGCGAGCCCAGGUGACCGUCCCCUUAGGCUCCGCCCCGUCCCGCCCCCUGCGCCUUCGGAACUGGCUCGCCCGGGCGCCGCCGCCGCCGCCGCCGCACAAAGGCCGGCGGCCGCCUCACCGCGCGCAGGAAUCCAGCCACGCGCGUCCCAGACCCCCGCCCCGCUCCGCGGACGCAGCAGCCCCGACUAGCUCGCCACCCCUUGCGCUUCACGUCCCCGACGCGCAGGACGCCGAGGCGAGGCCCGCCUCCCCGCAAGGGCGCCAGCCACAUCCGCGUCGUGCCACGCCGCCGGCUCCCCGCGGGGGGACUACUUCGCUCCCCGCCCCUCCGUCCCGCGCUACUUCCUGCCGCGGACGCGUCGGUGCGCGGCGCGCACGGCAUGGCGGCGGCGGCGCGCGCCUGAGAGCUGGGGGUACGCCGGCCCGGUCAGGCCUCGGCGCGGCCUACACGCUCCGCUCCCUCGGUCGCUCGCUCGCUCCCGCCCGGCGCCCCGCCAUGGCGGAGCCUUCGCCAGCCCGACGUCCGGUGCCUCUCAUCGAGUCGGAGCUGUACUUCCUCAUCGCCCGCUACCUCUCAGCUGGCCCGUGUCGCCGAGCGGCGCAGGUGCUGGUGCAGGAGCUGGAGCAGUACCAGCUGUUGCCGAAGAGGUUGGACUGGGAGGGCAACGAGCACAACAGGAGCUACGAGGAAUUGGUGUUGUCCAAUAAGCAUGUGGCCCCUGACCACCUGCUGCAGAUCUGCCAGCGCAUCGGCCCAAUGCUGGACAAAGAGGCCCCGCCCAGUAUCUCAAGAGUCACGUCUUUGCUGGGUGCAGGAAGGCAGUCUCUGCUACGAACAGCAAAAGACUGCAGGCACACAGUGUGGAAGGGCUCUGCCUUUGCUGCUCUUCACAGAGGAAGACCUCCUGAAAUGCCCGUGAAUUAUGGCCCCCCACCGAGUCUGGUGGACAUACAUCGAGGAAAGCAGCUCACAGGGUGUUCCACUUUUAGCACAGCAUUCCCAGGAACUAUGUACCAGCAUAUAAAGAUGCACAGGAGGAUUCUCGGACAUCUGUCUGCUGUGUACUGUGUAGCAUUUGAUAGGACAGGACAUAGAAUCUUUACAGGUUCAGAUGAUUGUUUGGUAAAGAUUUGGUCAACACACAAUGGCCGCUUGUUGUCUACGUUAAGAGGCCAUUCUGCAGAGAUUUCAGACAUGGCAGUGAACUACGAGAACACACUGAUUGCCGCAGGAAGCUGUGAUAAGAUCAUUAGGGUGUGGUGCUUGAGGACGUGCGCCCCGGUUGCUGUGCUGCAAGGACACACGGGGUCAAUUACAUCUUUGCAGUUUAGCCCAAUGGCCAAAGGACCUCAGCGGUACAUGGUUUCUACUGGUGCUGAUGGCACUGUUUGCUUUUGGCAGUGGGAUUUAGAGUCCUUGAAAUUCAGUCCACGCCCCCUGAAGUUCACGGAAAAGCCAAGGCCUGGUGUUCAGAUGCUGUGUUCUUCAUUUAGUGUUGGCGGUAUGUUUUUAGCCACAGGGAGUACUGACCAUGUAAUCAGGAUGUACUUUCUGGGAUUCGAAGCUCCUGAAAAAAUCGCCGAACUUGAAAGCCACACUGAUAAAGUUGAUAGUAUCCAGUUUUGUAACAAUGGUGACCGGUUCCUCAGUGGUAGCCGAGAUGGAACAGCACGGAUCUGGAGGUUCGAGCAGUUGGAAUGGAAAAGCAUUUUACUGGACAUGGCUGCCAGGAUCUCAGGAGACACAUCAGCGGAAGAAGAGAGGUUUAUGAAACCCAAAGUUACAAUGAUAGCUUGGAAUCAGGACGACAGCACCGUGGUCACAGCUGUGAACGAUCAUGUCCUCAAGGUGUGGAGUUCUUACACUGGGCAGCUGCUUCAUAACUUACUGGGACAUGCUGAUGAAGUGUUUGUUUUGGAGACACAUCCCUUUGAUUCCAGAAUUAUGUUAUCUGCAGGACACGAUGGCAGCAUAUUUAUAUGGGAUAUUACAAAAGGCAUCAAGAUGAAGCAUUACUUUAACAUGAUCGAAGGACAAGGACACGGAGCUGUGUUUGACUGUAAGUUUUCACAGGACGGACAGCAUUUUGCCUGUACAGAUUCUCAUGGGCAUCUUCUGAUAUUUGGUUUUGGAUGCAGCAAGCCAUAUGAAAAGAUUCCUGAUCAGAUGUUUUUCCAUACUGACUAUCGACCACUGAUAAGAGAUUCCAAUAACUAUGUCCUAGAUGAGCAGACACAACAGGCACCUCAUCUUAUGCCUCCACCAUUCUUGGUAGAUGUGGAUGGAAACCCUCAUCCAACCAAGUUCCAGAGAUUAGUACCAGGUCGAGAAAACUCAGCGGAUGAACAUUUGGUUCCACAGCUAGGCUAUGUGGCCACAAGUGAUGGAGAGGUGAUUGAACAGGUCAUAAGCCUGCACACAAAUGACAGUGGAGAUGCAAGCCCAGAGUCCAGCGUCCUUGAUGGCAUGAUUCGGCAGCUGCAGCAGCAGCAAGACCUGAGACUGGGAGUGGACCAGGAUGUGACUGCAAAUGGACUUCCCAAUGAGGAAGGAACACCCCGAAGAGGGAGUUUUAGAAGACUGAGUUUAGACAUUCAGUCUCCUCCAAACAUCGGUCUUCGUCGGAGCGGGCAGGUUGAGGGUGUUCGUCAGAUGCAUCAGAAUGCUCCCCGGAGUCAGAUCGCUACAGAGCGUGACCUCCAGGCCUGGAAGCGGAGAGUAGUGGUUCCAGAGGCACCACCAGGCGUUUUCAGGAGGUUGGAAGACAUUCGCAUAGAGAGAGGCGAGGAGGAGCGAAAUCUGUAUGUUAUAGGGAGGAAAAAGAAGACUUUCCAGCUCCCACAAAAGUCAAAUUCGAUGGUUUUGGUGUCCCAGUCUAGACAACGGACAUGUAGGCGUAAAUAUGCAAAUUAUAGUAGAAGAAAUGCUGGCCAGUGUGAAUUAUCUUCUGGAAAUGAAUCUUCCGGCUCUGUUCGACAUGAAACAUCUUGUGAUCAGAGUGAAGGUUCUUGUUCUUCAGAGGAUGAUGAAUGGAGAAGUGACAGAAGAAGUGGGAGUGACAGCGACAGCCCGAGCGAAUCUUCAUCUCAGUACUCUGAUUGGACAGCCGACACGGGGGUCCACUUGGAGCCUCCUUUAAGAACAUCAUGCCGACGUCGAGUAACUCGAUUCUGCAGUACUUCAGAGGACGAAAUGUCCACGGAGAACAUAUCUCCUCCUAAACGAAGGCGGAAAAGAAGGAAAGAAAGCAAGCCUAAAAGGGAGAGUCUGCGGAGGACGACGCCAGCAGAACUUGCAAAUAUGGAACCCUUGUAUGAGUUUCACCCUCCUGUGUGGAUAACUGACACUACACUUCGCAAGUCCCCUUUUGUUCCUCAGAUGGGUGAUGAGGUGAUGUACUUUCGUCAGGGUCAUGAAGCUUACAUUGAAGCUGUCAGAAGAAAUAACAUUUAUGAACUGAACCCUAAUAAGGAGCCGUGGAGAAAAAUGGAUCUUCGGGAUCAAGAAUUGGUCAAAAUAGUUGGACUAAGGUAUGAGGUUGGACCACCUACGCUCUGUUGCCUCAAACUAGCAUUUAUAGAUCCAGCAACUGGCAGACUGACGGAUAAAUCUUUCUCUAUUAGAUAUCAUGAUAUGCCAGAUGUUAUUGAUUUUCUUGUGUUGCGCCAAUUUUAUGAUGAAGCAAGACAGAGAAACUGGCAGCCUAGCGACAGAUUUCGAUCUAUAAUUGAUGAUGCUUGGUGGUUUGGAACUGUGUUGAGUCAAGAGCCAUAUCAACCACAGUAUCCUGACAGUCAUUUCCAGUGUUACAGUGUUAGGUGGGACAACACCGAGAUUGAAAAGCUUAGCCCAUGGGACAUGGAACCGAUUCCUGACAAUGUCGAUCCUCCAGAAGAAUUGGGAGCAAGCAUCUCUGUCACUUCAGAUGAACUAGAGAAAUUGCUCUACAAACCACAAGAUGGUGAAUGGGGCCAGAGGUCAAGAGAUGAGGAGUGUGAGCGGAUCAUCAGUGGCAUAGACCAGCUCUUAAACCUUGAUAUAGCAGCAGCUUUUGCAGGCCCGGUGGACCUGUGUACAUAUCCAAAAUACUGCACAGUGGUGGCCUAUCCUACUGAUCUCUACACAAUCCGAAUGAGGCUUGUUCAUCGAUUUUACAGGCGGUUAUCUGCAUUAAUUUGGGAAGUCCGAUAUAUAGAGCAUAAUGCAAGAACAUUUAAUGAACCUGAAAGUGUAAUUGCAAGAUCAGCUAAAAAAAUAACCGACCAGCUUCUGAAGUUUAUCAAGAAUCAAGAUUGUACAAACAUACUGGAACUCUGUAACACAUCUGACAGUGAUGGCGACAGUGCUGAUGACUUGGACGAUAGUGAUCUUCCUAAAACGUCUUCUGGAAGGAGGAGGGUCCACAACUGGAAAAGGAGGAGUAGAGGCAGCAGCUGUAUAGAGAGCGACUGGAGGAGGCAGUGCAAGGCCUUGCUUAUUCUGAUCUUCCAGUGUGAGGACUCGGAGCCCUUCAGACAGCCCGUGGACUUGGUUGAGUACCCAGAUUACCGAGAUAUUAUAGACACUCCGAUGGAUUUUGGAACAGUAAGGGAAACUCUAGAGGCCGGGAAUUACGAUAGCCCUGUGGAGUUUUGCAAAGACAUUCGGUUGAUAUUUAGCAAUGCAAAGGCAUAUACACCCAACAAAAGAUCAAAGAUUUAUAGUAUGACCUUGAGAUUGUCUGCUUUGUUUGAAGAAAAAAUGAAGAAAAUCUCCUUUGAUUUUAAAAUUGGUCAAAAAUUCAAGGAGAAACUUCGUCGAAGCCAAAGAUUCAAGCAACGACAAAAGUGUAAUGGUGCUGUUCCAGUUGACAGGAGCAUGCGAAGUGUCAAACAGAAGCAGUUCAGAUCUCAGACAAAAGUAAUUCCACAGUUGAUGUGUUCUCCUUCUCAGUCUACCUCAAGUAAGGUACCUUUGUCUGCAACCCGCAAGACAAGUGCUGGUGUCUCUUCGGGCUGUACUUCUGGGGACUCUUCAGAUUCUGCAGGAUCUUUAGAAAGAGUGAGAAGACACAGAGCUGAAACAUUGAGGAGUGGCUCUGUGCUGUUUGGAAGUGAAAUGGAAGAUUUCUUAGCUACCUCUUCAUCUUCUUCAUCUUCAAAUAGUUCAGAUGAAAGCAAAGAGAGCUCUGGAGCUCAAGAGUGCUCCUUGCGCAGUGGCGUGUUGAGAAGCAGCAAUCUCAGGGUGACCAGAACAAGAGCUGCUCGGAGAAAAGCUGGUUCUGUUUCUUUAGAAAAUGGAUGUGGCAGGAAAGCCACUCGGAAGAGAGUCUAUUUAAGUGAUUCUGAUAACCAUUCAGUGGAAACAGAUGAAAAUCUGAAAAGUAAGGCUGGAAGCAGCCGGAAGGUUCUGCGGAAAUGUGCUGCUGUUGCCGCCAGCAAGAUAAAGCUGAUGAGUGACGCAGAAGACUCGAGCUCGGAGAGCCCCUGCUCCGGACGGAAGCUGCCUCAUCGAAACGCAUCAGCAGUGGCCAGGAAAAAGUUGCUACACAACUCCGAUGAUCAGAGUCUUAAGUCAGAGACUGAAGAAGUGAGAGACCGGAACCAAGCACUGUUGAUGUCCAGUCCCCAUGCUGUCCAGAACUGCAUCAGUGACUCUGAGUCAGACAGUGACUUGCAAGCAGCCCGGAAGACCUGGCAUGCUAAUGGCUGCACAUCCCACCCUGCAGCAGCAUGCAAAGCCAAAUCUCGUCCAAUAGAGUCUUCUGAGGAGGACUCCAGAUGUCAUGAAUCGGAUCAUGGACCCAGCAGCACUGUUGACCCUUUAACAUCCGGGCAGAAACUUGGGGCAGAUAGCAUCUCUGAGGAAGCCGACUCUGAACCAGGAAGCAGUGCGUUAGGCAAGAAUACACAUUUGUCUAAGAAAGCCAAGAUCUUGAGUGAUUCAGAAGAUUGUGAAGAAAAGUAUGGAGAGAGGAGAGGUCCCGAAGUGGAAGGAAGCCCAGUUUCUGAAGCCUUGAGGGAAGCCGUUAUUGUCCCCCAGUGUCUCUCACAUCAUGGACCUGAGACUGAUGUAGAUUCCGAUGGCAGUGCAGUGAGAGAGAAAUCACACAGCAAUGUGAAUGAUUCUGUAUCACGAGAGAAUGGACAAAGAAAGAAAGUUUCCCGAAAAAGGUUCUGUUCCAGUGACUCAGAAAGUAAUCUACAGGUAAUCCAGAAGUCACCCAUAGACCAAACCAGUCCCUCCAGGAUUACUCGAAGUGCUGGUAUGGUUACUGAUAAAACGAAGCUCACAAGUGAUGCAGAAGAUGUCAGCUUAGAAAGUGUGUGCACUCGAAGCAAAAGGAGAAGGAAAAAGCCUGUUCGAUUUGCUUGUACCACAGCAAAGUCUAUCCCGAGCAGUGAGGGGAAACACGCACGUUGUGAAGUGCCAGAAGAACAGUCUGCCUGCAGGAGCUCGCUGGCUGAGCCUGAACAGCAGGGGAGUGCAGAGAAUGCCAGUCAGGCUGCAAAUGCAGACUUGGAUUUUGAAGGGAGUUCCAGUUUUGAACAAACAAAAAGCAUUCAGAAGAGGCAAAUGGACAGUGUCUGCAUAAGGGCACCUUCUAAAACCCAAAACUCCUCUGCUGGGCCUUCUCAGGAAGAUCCCAAAAGCCACACCCAGGAUAGUGAUAUUAGCUUGUCUUCUGAGUCAGUUUUGGCCCAGAAAGCUAUUGGAGAGAAUAACUUUGAAGAAGAACUGAACUAUGGGUUAAGAAGGUGGAAUGGCAGAAGGCUCAGGACAUAUGGGAAAGCCCCACUCAGUAGGACAGCACCAGUUACUCCCAGUCUACAGGCCGCAGCAGAGGUCAGGGUGAAGAGGAGGAGAGUGCAUCCUGAGGUAGAUGGUGAGGACAUACCUGGACAAAUGGGGAGUUCAGGAUGUGGACCUGACACCAGUCCCAAGUCAUCAGACUUGGGAUCAGUAACUGAAUCUGAUGUUGACUGUACUGAUAACACAAAAGCCCAAAGGAGGAAGAAAAGGAAAGGGAAAACAAGAGUGCUUAGCCAAGAAUCUGUUCGUAAAGACAGAGAACCCCAUACAAAAACGAGGCCAUGUAUGUUUAAUGAGAAGGAAGCAGUACAGAUGCAUAGUGACACCCUGAAACCAAAAACGGUGCCCGAGAAAAUCCCCCGCAGAUGUGCUGCCAUUGCUGCAAAUAAAAUAAAGACGAUGUGUAAUCUAAAGGAAGUGGUCUCAGGACCAGAGAAUGUCGGCAUUAGGACGAACAGCAGAAAACUGCCCUAUCGACAAGCCUCUGCUGCGGCUAAGAAAAAGUUACUGAGUGUUUAUAAAGAGGAUGAUGCACUCAUACAUUCAGAGAAUGAAGAGGAGGUAUAUCUUAGGCGGUUCAGAUCCCAGAAAGAAAAAGCCCAGCAAUCACCCUGAGGUAGAGAGGGUACCAGAAGUGUCAGAGCCUCCGAUACCUGCAGCUGCAGUCCAUUCCCAACCCUAAACCAUCCCAGGACCUUCUGAACAAUUUUGUGAAAGCCAUUUCUCUGGGUCAAAGUGGGAUGGACGAUGGUUUCCAGUCAGCCCUACACAGUACAGCACAGGGUGUUGCAAGGAGGUAGGAGGCAAGGACUGUGUAGUCAGGUGAGAGGCCUAAGAACCCACUUAAUGUAAAGCAAAGGCUUGAAGCAGCUUGGUCCUCUAGGAGAUAUAGAAGCGUACGGGAUAUAUGGGGAAACGAUGCUAAUUUCAAUGGUCUACCCUCACGGUCUGAAAACUAGGCCAUUUCCAAAGGAGGGAGGCAGGGAGCCUAUGACUGCUGAAUUUUAACUGGAUCCAAUUCAUGUAGUGCACAUCCUUGGGGACUAAACACAGAAAGAACUGGGGAAGUCAAUGCUGGGGUGUUACUGACUUCUGAAGAGGAGUGUGAGAAAGACUGUCAUUAAUGUCUUAUUUAUAGCAUUGAAUUCAUACUGAAUGAUAGCCACCUGGUAAUGAGUAAUUCAGGGAAUGUAUCUUUCUAAGAAAGCUCUCAAUGUGACUAUUAUUAUGACACUUUUUAUUUCUUCUUCUAUGUAGCAGCAAAGAUGUAGAGGCCAGACUUAUAGUCAGAAAAUAGAACAAGAUACACUCAUCUCUUUAGCAGUUAAAUCCUGUUUCUCACCUUUUCUCUACUGCUCCUUAAAAGUCAGAAGUGUGAACACUGCAGGUUCAUUCCAAUCUCACCAACAAGCCAAGUGUCAGGAAUCUGGCCUCCAGUGUGGCCUUUGCCACUGUCACAGAAUCUGGUCACUGUGCUACAAAUGUUCAGCCUACUGAGGGUGUGUGAACUUUAGUCUGUUGUUCAUAGCUAUUGGUUGACAUUAAGGUCACCAGACGUGACCUGUGAAUGUACUGUCAAGUCUUUUAAUGUUGCUGGAGAAACUUAUCUUUCCUCAACAGUUUGUCUUUCCCAUUAAACAUAGCUGUGACUUUAGGGGUAAUCUGCAUGUGUAAAAUCAAAAAAACAAAAACCAAAACAAACAAACAAAAAAAAACCAAAUGGAACCUUAGGGGUGUGUCUUUCUUCAUUAACAGUAAUGCAUAUUUCCCAGUGACAUGUGUGGCCGAAGGGUCCAGAUUACUUGAGAAACUUGUUUGUGUUUGGUUGCCUGCCUGCUUGAAACAAACAAGAACACAAGUCAGAAUAUUCCAACACAGUGUGUGUCUUUUUGUCACUCACUCUUCAGCAUCUUGUUACAAGCACAGGAAGAACUGCUGCUCUCUUUUUUGGUGCAUGGUUUGAUUUUUUUUUAUUAUUAUUUUUUUCUGUUGAGCGUUGAUGAAAAAUUUGAUCCCAAAUGUCAUAGAAUUACUUUUUGGGCAAUUAUAUCCUCAAGAAAUGCCAUGAGAUGAAAAUAUGUCAGUCUUAUGAAGACAUGUGAAUUUUGGCAGUGUGAACUGAAGGUUUGAAUUUACGGUUUGCCGCGGUAGGGCUACUUUCUGUCACCAUCUGAUCCUGUCCAGCCUUUUCUAAUGGAAUCCCUUUCUGGUUCAGCCUUUAACUGGAACAUAAUUUUUUUCUUACCCUCUAAA